AUGGGUGCCUGCAUCCCCAAACACAUACCUCCAACACCACUGAGUACAGAAAGCUUACUGUCAGCACACAACAGUUUGGAGACUGGUAACCGGGAAUCUAACGAGAUGUUGAGGGCUUGCUUAAAUCAUGCUGUCCAAGAGUUCCAUCGUGAGCCACAAAGUCUACGAGACAAUGCCACCUUGACUAUUCAGGUGAGAGGAAGAAAGAGAAUGGAGUUUGUCUCUGGUGAAGGAGAAAACAAGAUAGUGGUUUCUUGGUUAAAGGGAAAAACACACUACCAUAUUGAGAUCUCUACCCUGGAAGUGUACCUGAAUCGACUGUCCUUUUCUCCAGCUCCACUAACCUCUGAGAAUUUGGAGAAGGUGAGGCAGGAGCUUGCUAGAUGGGACAACAUUACCAAGGAACUGCGGGCUUGCUUGGAUAUAGCUAUAAGAGAGAUUGAGAAGGAGCCUCCUUCUGUGAAGGGCAAUGCUGAACUGACUGUUGAGUGUGGUAUUUCCUGCUUGGAUUUCAUUUCUGGAAAGGGGAGGUCCCGUAUCCACAUCUUCUUUUCUGAUAAACAACCUCACUAUCAGGUUCGAGUUUCUUCUGUGGAUGUCUAUUUAGACAGGUUGAGCUGUCGCACAAUGUUGCUCACCACAGAGAACUUGAUGAAAGUAUGGAAGGAAACAGAAGGCCUUAAAGGAUGUACAGUAGACCUCCGAGCCUGCCUUAAGCGAGCUUUGCAGGAGUUUAAUACCUUGUCCCCACGACAUCGGGCUAAUGCCACUGUCUUCAUUGACUGUGAUGGAAAGAACUUUAAGAUGGUUUCUGGACAUGGAGAUAGCUGGAUCUCUAUCUUCAACGUUAUUGGAGAUCAACAUUGCCACAGAGAAGUCGUUCUAGCAUUGGGAGAGGUGGGGUCAUCAAGCAAAAUAACAGGGAAACAUGGGAAAGAAGGACCAUCAUUUCGGAUAAGAAAACCAGAAGCAAAGAGAAGUGCAGAGGAGGGGCCAUCUAAUCAGUCCUGGAGAACCUCUAACCAGCCCAAAGGGCUAUCCAUUAGGAAAAAAUCUAAAAAAGGGCCAUCCAAUAUGAUUGAGUUAGAAGAAUUUGCAUCAAAUGAUAGAAAAGUAGAGGAAGAAACAAUGCUAUUUCAGGGAAGGACACUUUCCGAUGGGAAAGAAACAGAUACUGGACUCUCCAAUAGUUCCGGGGCACUGGGAAAAGAACAUUCUCUUACACCAAAGGUAUUGUCAUCUAGUACCCCAAACCCCCAGCCUGAUGGAAAAGAAAUGGAUCUUGCUGGACCACUGAGUUUAUAUAGUGGGACAGCAACAGAAGCUGUACUGAUCCAUGGAAAGAAUGAGGAAGCAGACAGUGAAGUGGGGGCAUCUAAUGACUCCAGUGAAGAAGAAUCACCUAACGUUCUAGAGAAACCCUCAGAUAGCAGACAGGGAGAUGAUGGACCAGAAAGAUGA